AUGCUCCAAAGGUAGUCCUCCUUACCAGAGAAAACUUUAUAAAGAUUUUAAGAGAUAUCGAACAGAAUGAAAAGGAAAUUACAAUAGAUGACGAUGAGGAACCUGGUAAUUCAUUAACAGAAAUAGGCAUUCAAGAAAGUGCACAAAAUUCUAGCUUCGAUGUUGAGGAAGAUAGUACUUUACAGAUAAAUACUCAAAUCUAUAAUGAUUCUGGCGAUCUCAUAUCCAUACCUUCAAGACUCAAAGAAAAAAAAGUAUACAUUAAAAUUCGAAAUUCAUUUAAUAUCAGUUAUAAUGCAGAAAUAUUAGCACUCGAGAAAAAAAUUAAGGAUUUAAAAAAUUUAAAAAAUUAUGAAGAAUUACAAAAUAAGUUUAAAAGAUUAAUUGAUGAAAAUAAAAAAUUAAAACAUAAAAAAUUUAAAAUUUCUAACGAGAAUGAGAUACUUAAGAAAAUAUUUAAUCAACAUAUAACGAAAUUUAUCGAAAUUCUUAAUAAAAAAACAUUACAUGAAGAACUUUCAAUCGAACAACAUGAAGAACUUUCAAUCGAACAAAAAUUUAUUGAAAUUCUUAAUAAAAAAACAUUACAUGAAGGACUUUCAAUCGAACAAAAAUUUAACGAUAUUGUAAAUAUGAGAACUGAGUUUAUAAUGGCAGAAAUUCUGAAUGAUUUUGAAAUCCAAAGAAAAACAGAUCAUAAAAACGAUCAAUUAUGGAGAGAAACAAAUUUCGUAAAUAGCAAAAAAAGUCAAUUAAUUCAAAUUAUAACUAAUGAUGAAGAUAAAUUAAAAAGAUUAGAUACAGAAGUAGAAAAUGUUGUUGAUAAAUUAAAGAAAAAAAUUGAAGCUAAAAUAAAAUUGGAUUUUGAAAAGGAAAUAAAUUUUGAAUCCAGUAAAUCAAAACUAGAAAAACAAAUUAAUGAGCUGGAAGAAAAUGAUGAUUUCAAAAUGUUGCAUAAAAUAGUAGAUGAUUUAAUUAAAGAAAAUAGAGAUUUAGAAGAUUUUAAUUAUACAAAGUCUAAAUACAUAACAGAACUAAUCAAAGAAAUAAAUUUUAAAUUGAAAUGGAAAAACUUAAACAAAUAG